AGCGGCCCCGGCCCGGCCCUUACCGAUGCACCGCACGUAGUGUUUUGCAGGAAGUUUCCACGCUCCUGGGUUUAAUGCGUGCAAAGCGGGGCUGGAGAGGAGCGCAGCUGAAUAGCGAUGGAAAGGGGCGGGCGAGGAGGUGGAGGAGGAGGCGGUAGCAGCAGCGGCCGUGUUUAAUUUUUUAAUUAGGGCGGUUUGAGCAUCUCCCGGCGGAGCCGCAUCACCGGGCGGCGAGGGGAGCCCGGGCGAGCUGCCCCCGCCGCCCGGGACCACCCCGAGCCGUCGGGUCUCCAGGCUGGGCUUUCGACAGCUGGCGAGGCGGGCCGGAGCGCGGAGAGCUGCGCUCCGCCACCAUGGGCAGCGCGGGCGCGGAGAACAAGGGAUGACUCGGAGUAUGGCUCCUCUCAGCCAUGGCUACAGUACAGAGUAGAGAUUCUGGAACUCCUUUUAACCUGGCUUGGCAGUGCAGAGCUCUCCUGGUGGCAGCAGUGGGGUGGAGUUGCUUGAGCAUCCUGCUUCCCUAAGACACACGUCAGGGUCAGUCCCCUGAGCAACGUGAGGAGCACGGGCAGAUCUCCUUUACUGUGCCUCUAAAAAUGGCAGGGCAAAGAAGCCAUAGAGGUGAAAAUCCCACAGAGCCACCAGGAUGUGAUGCCCAAUGAUGAGCAGUAAUUACUGCAGCAACACUUCAGCCAGCAUGAGCGUCAACGAAAUGUCUGCCUUCCCUCUGACUUUAGAACAAAAAACUGGCUUUGCCUUUGUGGGGAUUUUGUGUGUCUUCUUGGGACUUCUAAUUAUCAGAUGCUUCAAAAUCUUGCUAGACCCCUACAGCAGUAUGCCUUCUUCCACGUGGGAAGAUGAAGUUGAGGGGUUGGAUAAAGGGACAUUUGAAUAUGCUCUUGCAUGAAAACUCACAGAAUAUCCUGCCUUAAAUUUGAUGUUGAUUUCAUUCUGGAAACCAACUGUUGUUACAUUUGUUAUACAUACCUGCAUUUUGGAGAUAUGUUGGUGGCAUCCAUUUUGUUAAAUAAAUAUU